CAGGAACUUUAUCCGCUAUAUCUGAUGGAAUGCAAUACAGUUGGAGUGCGCCAACUUUACCAAUUCUCCUCAGUGAAAAUGCUCCCAUAGAAGUUACCACGAACCAAGCUGAAUGGUUGGAGUCCAUCCUUAUGAUUGGAGCUUGCUUUGGACUUCCGAUUACUAUGUUCCUUGUAGACAGUAUUGGAAGAAAAAAAUCACUGAUAACUUCCGCGACAACAACUAUGUUAGCAUGGAUUGUGAUCGCUGUAGCACCGAGAGUGGAGUACAUAUUUGUGGCAAGAUUUUUUGCAGGAAUGGCUGGUGAUAUGGCAUUUGUAGCAGCGCCUAUGUAUAUAGCAGAAAUAGCAGAUCAGAAAAUCAGAGGAUUUUUGUCCAGUCUAAUCUAUAUCAUGAUGUUGACUGGUGUAUUAACAAUGUACUGUGUGGCGCCGUUCGUUCCGCUUUGGGGCCCCUGUCUAUUAGGAAUCGUUAUCAAUUGUAUAUCACUAAUUGUAUUUCCUUUCCAGCCAGAUUCACCGUAUUAUCUCCUAUACAAAAAUGAACCUGAAAAAGCUAAAGCCGCACUUCGGAAAUUACGGUCCACGGACAAUGUGCAAGAAGAAUUCAUAAAUAUAUCUGUGGCAAUAGAAAGACAAAAAGGAGAGAAAGGGAGGUUCAUGGAUCUGUUUCUGAUAUCAAGUAAUCGUAAAGCACUGGUGAUAAUGGUGAUACUCAACAGUUCACAACAUUUGAGUAGUAUCAGCGUUAUGUUGAUGAAUUUACAUUCUAUUUUGGAAGAAGCUGGAUCUUUCUACGUAGCAGCUUCUACAGGAGCCAUAAUUUUCUCAGCAACUAUGAUUGUUUCCGCCAUGUCUGCUUCUCUGGCUAUUGAUAAUUUUGGGAGGAAGGUAUUAUUAUGUUGUUCAGGAGUUGUAGCUGGACUUUCAUUGAUGGUUAUGGCGGUUUACUUCACGUUGAAAAAUAAUGGAGUCGAUGUUUUGAAAGCUAGCUGGUUACCUUUAGUUAUGAUUAUAUUAUAUGCUGCAUCAUUCAAAUUUGGUAUUGGUUUGGUUCCA